AUGAUCUAUGAUAAAUACACUCCAGAGUUUGAUGCUUUAGACUAUACUGAUAAUCAAGAAGCAUGUUUAGAAAAAUUGUUCAAUCACUUUGACCAGUUUGCAGAAUAUUUUCAAGAUAAUAAUAAUAUUGAUAUUGACAAAUUUUUUGCUGAUGCAGUUUUGAUUAAAUGUGACAAAAACUCUUCUAUG